GGUGAAUGUUGAUAUUGCGGUGACCACCCCGACCAUUUUCCAGGAUAACUGACGCACGCCGGAGAAAUCCCGUUCGUUGUCUUCUCCCCGCAACUCAGGUCUCAACUCGCAAGCAGCCGCCUUAAGUCGAUCGCAUUCUCCCGCUCCGAUCUUCUGCUCCGGUACUGACUAGGCACACUUCGCCGGAGAAAAUCAUGGCUCCGAAGCCGAAAGAUAAGGCGAAGCCUUCACCGGCCUCACCGCGGCAGCCGCCCCCUGCAAUUGAAGAUCUCUUCACCAAACUCAAUUCGCACAUCGAGGGAUCUGGCGAUCGGAACAACGAGCAAUCGGAGCUGAAAAAGGCCGUUCGCGUCGCUGACCAAGUUCUCGCGAUUGCACCUGGAGACGAAGAUGCGCUCCGGUGCAAAGUGGUGGCUUUGAUUAAGAACGACAGUUACGACGAAGCUCUAUCGGCGAUUCGAUCUGCUAAGAAUCUCAAGUUCGAUUUCAGCUUUGAAGAGGCAUACUGCUUGUACAAACAAAACAAACUGGACGAGGCAUUGGAGUUGCUGAAAGGGCAGGAGAGAAAUUCGGAGACAAUGCUGUUGGAAGCUCAGAUUCUGUUCCGUCUUGGGCGAAUGGCUGAGUGCAUUGAUGUAUAUCAGAAGCUUCGAAAGUCAGAGCUUGAUUCAUUGGAGAUAAAUCUUGCUGCGAGUUUGAUCCUAGCUGGGAGGUCUUCUGAAGUGCAAGGCAUGCUGGAUGCACAACGGAUCAAGCCAUCUAGCAGCUACGAUUUGGCAUUCAACACUGCUUGUUCUUUGAUUGAAGUGAACAAAUACGCAGAAGCCGAACAGCUAUUGCAGCAAGCAAGAAGAAUUGGCCAGGAAUCAUUGCUGGAUGCUAAUUGGGCUGAGGAGGACAUAGAAAUUGAAUUAGCUCCUAUAGCUGUCCAGCUGGCAUAUGUUCAGCAGCUUUUAGGGCAAUCAGAUGAAGCCAUCGAAGCUUACACAGAGUUGAUCAGCCCAAAUCUCGCGGAUGAUCUGUCAUCUCUUGCUGUGGCUGUAAAUAACCUAGUUGCUCAAAGAGGACCCAAAGAGGUGUCUGAUAGUCUGAAGAAACUCGAUCUCCUGAAGGAACAAGGAGGUGCUGAUUACCGGCUUGCUCGUGCUCUCGACAAGCUCUCUCUAAAACAAAGGGAGACCAUAUAUGCAAAUAGGAUUCUCUUACUUCUCCAUGCAAACAAAAUGGAUCAGGCACGGGAGCUUGUGUCAGCAUUACCAUCUAUGUUCCCAGACAGUGAGAUCCCGACACUCCUUCAGGCUUCCGUGUUAGUGAAGGAGAAGAAAGCUGCCAAAGCGGAAGAAAUACUCGAUCAAUUCUCCAUCAAGUUCCCUUACCAGUCCAAGAUCGCUCUUCUUGCCAGAGCACAGAUCGCUGCCAUCUCCAAUCACCACCAGAUAGCAGCAGACUCCCUCUCCAGAAUACCCGAUAUCCAACACAUGCCCGCCACGGUGGCCACCCUCGUUGCACUCAAGGAGCGAGCUGGCGACGUCGAAGGCGCUUCUUUGGUGCUCGACUCGGCUGUCAAAUUUUGGUCAAACGCCAUGACCGAGGACACCACCAAGUUGACCAUCAUAAUGCGAGAGGCGGCAUCGUUCAAGGUCAGACACGGGCAGGAAGCAGAAGCUGCCCGGCUGUACGAGGAGCUCAUAAAAACCCACGGCAGCAGCAUUGAGGUGCUGACCGGGCUGGUCAACACGAUUGCCCGUGUGGAUGUCGAGAAGGCGGAGAGUUACAGGAAAAAGUUGAAGCCACUGCCAGGUCUCGGGGGGAUCGACAUCGAAAGCCUGGAGAAGACAUCCGGGGCUAAGCAUGUCGACGGAGCCCCACGUCAAGUGGCCGUGGAAGAAGGGAAUAAGAAGGAGGAGAAGCAGAAGAAGAAGAGGAAGAGAAAGCCGAGGUAUCCGAAAGGGUUUGAUCCAGCGAAUCCGGGUCCCCCGCCUGAUCCAGAAAGGUGGCUUCCGAAGAGGGAGAGAUCAAGUUACAGACCAAAGAGGAAGGAUAAGAGAGCAGCCCAGGUCAGAGGCUCUCAGGGUGCUGUUGCUAGAGAAAAGAACGAACCUUCUGCUUCCUCCUCGAAUGCUGCUUCUGCUGCUGCUGGCACGAGCUCCAAUGCUACGAAAUCUGCAGCUUCCAACGUCACGAAAGCUGCAGCUGGGAAAGGUGUGUCCCAUUCGAACCAGUCGUCCAAGUCGAAGAAGAAGUCGAGGAGGUGAUAGGGUGGAAGCAAUCCAUCUGCAGGAAUCCUGAUAUGGAUAAUAAUCCGUGAAACGAAACAAUGUGGGAGUGAGAGGAACGAAUUGGUCAGGUGAAGCUUUUUUGCUAGGAGUUUAUUCUAAUUUAAUCGGAAUUUUCUUUUUGUGCUGAGCAUUGGAUGGUGCUAGAGAAUUCUACCUGACCUUUACAAUUGAUAGUUACAAACGGUUUUGUGAGGACUUCAACCGGUAAACACAUUCCUGGAUUUCCACUGUCUGUCUUCUGAACACAUUUCCUGGAUUUCCAUAUGAAGCAAACACAUUCCUAAUGUAUGCGUCGUUACUUGGUUAUUCGAAAUCAAAUGUGUUAUUUGAAUUA